AUGGGGAGGACUCCGUGCUGCGACAGCAAGGGCAUCAAGAAGGGGCCGUGGGCGCCCGAGGAGGACAAGCUGCUCGUCGACUACGUCCAGGCCAACGGACCCGGCAACUGGCGCAUACUCCCCAAGCUCGCGGGGCUCAACCGGUGUGGCAAGAGCUGCCGGCUGCGGUGGACCAACUACCUGCGCCCGGACAUCAAGCGCGGGCCCUUCACCCCCGAGGAGCACAAUUCCAUCCUCCAGCUCCACGCCAUAGUCGGCAACAAGUGGUCCAUGAUCGCGGCACAGCUGCCGGGCCGGACGGACAACGAGAUCAAGAACUACUGGAACACGCACAUGAAGAAGCAGCUCCGCCAGGAUGCGCUCGCUGUCGCCGUCGCCGGCGAGGGCGCUGCUGCCGCCCAGCUCGCCAGGGCGGCGGCCGCGUCGUCCUGCCCCGCCGCUCGCCACAUGGCCCAGUGGGAGACCGCCCGCCUCGGGGCCGAGGCGCGCCUCUCCCUGCUCUCGUCCUCGGGCACAACAACGAUCACCUCCGCCACUGCCUCCUCGUCGUCGUCCACCGCCGUCGCCGCCGAGCACGCGGCGCCCGACAUCUUCCUGCGCCUCUGGAACUCCGAGGUCGGGGAUUCUUUCCGCGGCGCAGCCGCGCAGCAGCAGGGGCAUGGUCCGGAGGCGAGUGCGGCGGCUGCUGGUGUGCCGGCGCAGGCGCUGCCUGCUGAGCUCGGCGGCGACGAUUCCUCGGCCGCGUCGACCUACGGGACCGAGGCUGCGGCGGACGACGACUACCGGGCGUUCCUGGACCUGGCGAUGGAGGACUUCGCGCUGCUGCAAGGCCGGCUCGGCGAGUUCUCGGUGUUCCCGCAGGCCGACGUUUUCGCCGACGCGCCCUGCUGCCUGUUCGCUCCGUUUGAGUAG